AUGAAGUCUUUCCUGCUGCUUCUGGCUGUGGUGCUUGUCGCCGUUCAUGCAAAGAUGCAAAAUGUCACAGUCAAAGGCACGACCAUUUGUAAUAAAAAACGAAUGGCUGACGCUUUGGUGGAAUUGUGGGAGAGGGACACUCGUAAGUUGUUUGUACAGUUUACAUCUCUAGACUUAAGUUUGAGAUUUGUUGGGGAAAGAGCAGAGGACGAGAAGAAUAAACCGGUUUGUCAAUAUACUUCCAGCAUUGAAAAAUUCUUCUUUGCAUUUAGAAAUCAAUUCCAGGGUUGCAAACGAAUAACGGAGUAUGAAAUUCCAAAAUCGAAAAUCGAUAGCGUCUACGAUAUGACGUAUGUGACUUUGGAUAUCGUGUCCGCUGUCGAUAAGGAGAAAUGCUAA